AUGUCAGAUUCCAGGAGGCCAGAUCCGAGUGUUCCGACCGCCGUCGACAUAAAACCACAAGCACCGGAAACGACGGAGUCAAACAAUGAGAACAAGUCGGAAGAUGCGUCUCAGAAAACCUCGUGGCAUGUUUACAACGAAAAAGCCGAUCGAGAUGACGCCGAAUUUAUCGAGUCGAUCAACGGUUCCAUGGACGUACUCUUGAUUUUUGCGGGUCUCUUUUCGGCAACGGCCACAGCAUUCUUGGGGCUAACUCGACCAUUGCUCCAAGAGGACGAAGUGAGCAAGACCAAUGACUUGCUUCUCGCCCUCUUUUACAAGAUGGAGAACUCGUCGUAUGCUCUACCAGAGUCCAAACCUUUUGUCGUUCCCGUUGGAGCAUGGGCGAUUAACUGCCUUGUGUUUGCCAGUAUCGCCGGGAGUCUCGUCGCCGCCUUCUUUGCCAUUCUAGUCAAACAAUGGGCGGCCUCUCUCACUAGCGGCCUUGCGAGUAUCCCUACUCCCCAACUACGCGCUCGAACUCGUCACUUCCGAGCCGAAGGCGUCCGUCGGUUCUAUUUUGCACAUGUUGCAUCUUUCCUUCCGGUCAUCGUCCAUAUCUCGCUGGUGCUCUUUGGUAUCGGCAUCGUCGAGUUUCUCUUUUAUACGAAAGAGACGUCGAUCGCCAUCGUGGUCACUACUUGGCUAGUAGUCGGAGCCGGCGCAUACCUUUUCUUAUCUCUCCUCCCUCUUUUCUCAAUGGCCGCGCCCUUCCGAUCCCCAAUGACGACAAUCCUCAUGUUUCUCCACACUCUUCUUCGAAGGUUCAUCAAAGCUUGCUCGGGUCGCCCGCAAGCGAAGAUGUCCCCAAAGAAGCAAGCCCUCAACGAGCUCAUUGGAAAGCAAGAUGCAGUCUCAAAGCUGAUACAUCUCUCCUGGAAGCUAGACAUGGACGUCUUAGUCUCCCUCAUGGCCAUGGCGGACAAACACACCGAACGAUGGGUGCUCGAGCAAAUCUUGAUGGACAUGCAGGCGUUGACAAAGAUUCAAGAGGAGUCACCGCAACUCCUAUGGCAUCCCGCCGUCUUGCGUACAUUUUCGUAUCUGGUAUCCACCUCUAUCGACGAGAGUGGGAGCAGAGUGACGCUUGCUCAGGGCCGAGAGCAUAGAGCACGUACACUGUGCCGUUUCAUAAUCUGGCUAGGCUCUGUGGCAGGAGAGAAGACAUCCGUGCAAGAUCUCGGUCGUAUCCUCCAGGAACAAACCAUAGGCAAUGAUAACACGGGAUUGCCGACUGCGCUCUACAUGUAUGGCACCUUGCAUAAUCGUCUCGACGACGUUGUAUUGGGCGAAAUGGCUCUCAACGAGCUCGGUCACAUUGGUCAGACAACGAAGCAACAAUGUACCAAAUGCGUCGAUUUUGUAGUCAACGGAGCAAGCACAAAUCCAGAAAGCGAAAUGCACAACUAUCUCAUCGAUAUCGACCCGGAAGAGUAUAGCAAUGACACCAAAGAGGCUAGGUUGAAAAGGGAGCAUAUUAUUCGUUACAUUGCGUCGCAGACACGCUGCCUCGCAACUUUCGCUCCUCUGCAAGGGCCGUCGACGCUCGCAGUCUCACGAUUGGAGGAGUUGAUCUCAACAUUCGAACUUGGCGAUCCGAUCUUUGCAAACCUUUGGCGAGAGUUGGUGCCGGUUUCGAAGAUCCGGUCUGAGCGUCCUCACCUCGCUUCGUGGCUCAAUCUCAUCGAACCUCUGCAGAAAGAUGCGGCCUAA